CGGCGCCGGAAGGAUAUUGCCGCGGUGGGAGAGGGUGUGAGGCGACCUCUCCUGCCUCAGAGGGCGCCCGUCCGCGGCACAGGGACGCGUGAGCGGCCGGACACCAGCGGCUGGAGCCGACGACCGGUGAGCUUUGGCCCCGGGUGGAGACGGCCCCGUGGGUGUUGCCAUGGUGAUGGCUGUGGAAGACAGCAUGAUGCGGGUGGUGGUGCGGAUGAGGCCCUCCACCCCUAGGGAGUUAGAAUCACAGCGGCGGCCUGUGAUUCAAGUGGUAGAUGAGCGGGUACUGGUGUUUGACCCUGAAGAGUCUGAUGGGGGAUUUCCUGGCCUAAAAUGUGGUGGCCCCCAUGAUGGCCCCAAGAAGAAGGGCAAAGACCUGACAUUUGUCUUUGACCGGGUCUUCAGUGAGGCAGCCACUCAACAGGAUGUGUUCCAGCACACUACCCACAGCAUCCUCGACAGCUUCCUCCAGGGCUACAACUGCUCAGUGUUUGCCUAUGGGGCCACUGGGGCCGGGAAGACGCACACCAUGCUGGGAAGGGAGGGGGACCCUGGCAUCAUGUACUUGACCACCAUGGAACUAUAUAGGCGUCUUGAAGCCAGCCAGGAGGAGAAGCGAUUCGAGGUGCUCAUCAGCUACCUGGAGGUGUAUAAUGAGCAGAUCCAUGACCUCUUGGAGCCCAAGGGGCCCCUUGCUAUCCGUGAGGACCCUGACAAGGGAGUGGUGGUACCAGGACUUUCUUUCCAUCAGCCAGCCUCAGCUGAGCAACUGCUAGAGAUGCUGACCAGGGGCAACCGUAGCCGCACACAGCACCCCACCGACGCCAAUGCCACUUCUUCCCGCUCUCAUGCCAUCUUCCAGAUCUUUGUGAAGCAGCAGGACCGGGUCCCAGGACUGACUCAGGCUCUUCAAGUGGCCAAGAUGAGCCUGAUUGACUUGGCUGGCUCCGAGCGGGCAUCCAGCACUCACGCCAAGGGAGAGCGGCUGCGGGAGGGUGCCAACAUCAACCGCUCUCUGCUGGCUCUCAUCAAUGUCCUCAAUGCUUUGGCUGAUGCAAAGGGCCGCAAGUCUCACGUGCCCUAUAGGGACAGUAAACUGACUCGUCUACUCAAGGACUCCAUCGGGGGCAACUGCCGCACUGUUAUGAUUGCUGCCAUCAGCCCCUCCAGCCUGGCCUACGAGGAUACUUACAACACCCUCAAAUAUGCUGACCGUGCCAAGGAGAUCAGACUCACGCUGAAGAGCAACGUGAUCAGCCUGGACUGUCACAUCAGCCAGUAUGCCACCAUCUGCCAACAGCUGCAGGCUGAGGUUGCAUCCCUGAGGAAGAAGCUCCAGACAUUUGAGGCAGAAGCCCAAGCCCGGCAACAGCAUGCUUUACCGUCCUCCAGGUUGAGCACACCACAGCAGCUUCCUAGCUCCCCAUUACAGUCCCAGCUCCACAGCCAGUCCUGCACCCCAGAACUCCAUAAAGGGUGUGGAGUCCUUCAAGAGGGGAGUCUAGGGACAGAGGCCCAGGAACAGAGGGCCGUGGAAGAAAAUUCUUCAGAGCAGGAGCAGCCCUCACAGGAUAUGGGCGAAAAUCCAGAUGAGGAGGUUCCAACCCAGACACUAGAGCUGACCCUGCCUGGGUCCCCUAAUCUGAAUUUGCAGCCUAAGCCAGCCACCAACCGCCACUCAGCAAAGAAACGGGGCAGGGACCAUUUUAAACAGUUGGCCCUCCGGGUGCUGUGCCUGGCCCAGCGACAGUAUGCCUUGCUGCAGGCAGCCAACCUCCUGACUCCUGACAUGAUCACAGAGUUUGAGACCCUGCAGCAGCUGGUGCAUGACGAAAAAACUGAGCUUUGGGCUGAGAGUUCCAGGACUCCUUAUCUGGCCAGGGGGCGCCCUCUGGCUCAGGAGCUGUGUUCAGAGUCUAAGUCCCCAAGGUAUUGUGGCCCUGUGACCCGGACCAUGGCAAAGCAGCUGAAUGGCCUCAUACACACUCUGGGAAUCCCACUCAGGCCUGACUGCAUACCAGAUGAGGCACCCAAAAAGCCCAUCGAGAAGAAGAAGAAGAGGAGACUGAGCUCCACAGAGCUAGAUGGUCCCCCAGCCCCAAAGCGAAAGACUAAGCGCCAGCGCCAGUCCUUCCUUCCCUGCCCAAGGAGGGGCUCUCUUCCUAAGGCCCAGUCUUCAUUUGAGCCCAGUACCCCCCAAAAAGGAAGCACCUCCUCCCCCUGCCCUUCCCCUCGCAUCUGCCCAGCUACGGUCAUUAAAGGCCGGGUGCCUCUGGGCCCUUCCACCAUGCAGAACUGCUCCACUCCUGUGGCUCUACCCUCUCGUGACCUCAAUGCCACCUUUGAUCUCUCUGAGGAGCCCCCCUCCAAACUCAACAUCCAUGACUUUGCUGUCUGGGAGAAAGGCCCCAAGGAGCUGACCAGGCCAGCCCAGCCCUUCAUCCCCAGUGCACCUGUGAUCCUGUUCACCAUGAAGGGUCCCAAGCCACCAUCUUCCCUCCCUUCAACCUCUGCCUGCAAGAAGAAGCAUACCAUGAGUUCCUCAGUCUCCCGGGGCCUCAGCCGCAUUGCCCGCCUCCCCAGUAGCACCUUGAAGAAGCCAGCCAGAUCCUUUGCAAUCCCAGAACCACCCCAGAGUCCUCGAAGCCUUGGCAACCAGAAGGUUCAGAAGGAACUGAUUGAGGUUGAGGGAGUGCUGUCAACUGGGCGCUGUAUCACCAAGGUGUCCUGACCAGCAGGGGCUCCUGACCUCCAAGAUGUCCUGAUCUGCCAACACCUCUAGGCUGGUUGCCUUCUCUGGUCUUCACCUAGCAGUAUCAGGAGCCUUGACUGCCUUCCUCACCUGGGAACAAUUAACACCAACACGCCUUUCCUGUAUUGACACCCCUCCCCAACCAUUCAUUCUGCUGUUUGCCUUUAUUAAUCUCUUACACUCAGCUUUUCAGUAUAUAGAUGUUUGUGUGUGUGUUAAAUGUGUGGCUAUUUUAAAGGAUGCUGUCAUGUUUUCUCAUUUCCAAAGCCUUCCAUGCAGGCAGGGAGCUCUUGAGCUCUGUUCUUCACCCCCCACCCUCACCCUGGUGUGUGUAUGACUGACCCAGGGCUGUGCAUAGUGAUGACCACUGCACAGUAAAGAGGGAUGAGGGCAGGAAGGGGCUUGCUAGAGAGUCCCAAUCUGGCUCUUCUGGUUUCUGAGAGGGGCAUCUUGAGCCCCAUCCUCAUAGCCUGAGGUGGAAAUGUCCCUGCCCUAUCUCGAUGAUGAUGAUGGUGCAGCUCGUGAUGGUGCCUUGGUUUGUAAAGGAAGCCAGCAUUAUUGUCUUCAUUCAUUGAACACAGGACAUACAGUGUAGAAAGAUGUGUAAGAAGAAGGGGAGGGGUGCAGCCUUAAUGUUGCCACCUAGGUAUAAAUGCUAGUUAUAUUGGGGUUAAACUUCCUUCUCAUUCUGAAUUUCUGCAUAUAUACAUAUGUAUUUAUAUGUAUAUACACAGGUACAUAUAUAUGCCUAUAGAUAGAGAUGUAUUUUUUUACUACAGUGAUUAAUAAACCAUCUCCAU